AUGGGGACUCCAGAGAAUAUUAUUGUGGGUUCUCAUGUCUGGAUUGAAGACCCGGAGGUAGCUUGGAUUGACGGGCAGGUAUUAAAAAUCAAUGGAAAGGAUGCUGAAAUUGAAACUUCCGAUGGAAAAAAGGCUGUUGCAAAUUUAUCAAAAAUAUUUCCCAAGGAUAUGGAAGCUCUUCCUGAUGGAGUGGAUGAUAUGACUAAACUGUCGUAUUUGCAUGAGCCUGGAGUCCUGCAGAACUUAAAGGCUAGAUAUGAAUUGAAUAAAAUAUAUACUUAUACAGGAAAUGUUUUGAUUGCAAUAAAUCCAUUUCAAAAACUGCCUCAUAUUUAUGGUGCACAAAUGAUGCAACAAUACAAGGGAGUGCCACUUGGAGAAUUAAGCCCUCAUGUAUUUGCAAUUGCUGGUGUUGCAUAUAGGGCAAUGGUUAAUGAAGGGAAAAACAAUUCCAUUCUGGUCAGUGGGGAAAGUGGAGCUGGUAAAACGGAAACUACAAAACUGCUUAUGCAAUUCCUGGCUUUCUUAGGUGGUAGAGCUGUAACUGAAGGCAGAACAGUUGAACAACAAGUUCUUGAAUCAAAUCCAGUUCUGGAAGCAUUUGGCAAUGCGAAAACUGUCAGGAAUAACAAUUCCAGUCGUUUUGGUAAAUUUGUUGAGAUCCAAUUUGACAAGAGCGGAAGAAUCUCAGGAGCAGCCAUCCGAACAUACCUUCUAGAGAGAUCUCGGGUCUGUCAAGUUAAUGAUCCUGAACGAAACUACCACUGCUUUUAUCUUCUUUGUGCCGCACCACAGGAGGAAAUUGAAAAAUACAAAUUAGGAAAUCCGAAAUUGUUUCACUACCUUAAUCAGUCACAAUGCUAUGAACUGGCUGAUGUAAAUGAUGCUCAUGAGUAUCUUGCCACCUGUAGAGCUAUGGGCAUUGUUGGAAUAAGUCAAAAAGAUCAGGUAUUUCUUUCACAAGCACGAAUUUAG